CCACCGUAACUACAGCUCGCUUAAGAAUGUGUUCCUGCGUAGUAGUUCCAUUGCUUCUGUUCUGUUUUCUGUUGGGAGGCACUUGGGCUCAGGAUACUAUUCCAGAGAUACCCGAUUAUUCUCGGCCAACGGAGCCCACAACAACUACCACAACAGAAGUUCCAACCACCUCUACACCAAAAUCGACCACAACUACAACAACGCAACAGCCCUCAACUACAACAACAGAACCCACCACAAGCACUACAACAACGAAACCCAUCCCGACUUCAACCACACAAAGGACUCCCUUGGAUCCACCCACUAGGACAACUAAGAAGCCAAGCCAAGAAGUGUGGAUGCAACCACUAGAAAGGUGCUUUCUGACCAACCAGAUGGAGUAUAGUACCUGCUGGCGAAUCCCACCGACGUCCAGUUGUUAUCGCUGCUGCUACUACUACGACAGCCAUAUCACCGAAUGUAGUAAGCUCCACCAAGGGCCUUGUGUGGCGUAUGAUUAUGCCAAACUGAAAGUACACGUAAAUUGGAGGGAAGUAUUGUAAAGUUAAAUGAAAUGAACUGAAAUAAAAACAGUGAAAUGCUUGUGCAACCAUGUAUCAUGAAUACUAAGUGUUUUAAAAAACACAAGGUUUGGAUGAUGAACAAAUAAUAAAAUAUUGGUCAAA